AUCUCAAAUGUUCGUCCGGGACUUCAGCCGGGGGACAUGGUCGAGGUGACUUGGGACGGUCAAUUGCUGGCCUGUGAAAUUCUUCGGCUUUCUGAUGACCACUCGGAUCUUCUGUUUCUCCAACGGGCACUAACGACGAAACCCAAGGCAACGUCUGCGACGGACAGUAAGGUACUACAGAUCGCGCGGGAAACAACGAAAAGCAAGAAAGUGUCUGCUGCAAAAGGAACUGCCGAGGUCGAUCCCCGCAGUUCAAGGAAGAGGUCAAAGUCAAAGGAGAGGAACGUGCCAGCUCCAAAGAAAACUGCAACGGGAAGGAAAGCCGCGUCAGUUAUUGCACGUUUUUGCGAAGAGGAGGAAGGAGACCCGAGCAGUCAAAAACUGACAACUGGUGGUGACGAGGAAGCCCUCCAAAUAAAGGACCGUGCUGAUCCAGGCAAGAAGGAUCGGAUGGCAUCUCAUGGGGAAGAUCUGGCAGAAUCAGACAAAGAAAGUCUUGAAGUAGAUUCCGUUCAGAUGCCAUACUUUCCAGAGGUGACAUUCCUGUCAGCCAACUCCAGCUGCACAAUGGAUGAUACACCUGAUAUCGCAGCUGCGGGAGCCUCCUGUAAGAGAUCAAUGCUGAUUGAUGACCCUAUUCCUUCGCCAGUUUGGCAAACAAGCACACCGCUGCACAGGGUGAGCUCAACACUUCAAGACCCAAAGCUGACAAGAUUGGCAGAGCAGGUGAACGAUAUCUGGGAGUGGAUGCAGGCGUUAAAAUCUCAUCACAGUUUCCUGCCCUUGUGCCGACCUGCCGAGCCAAAAAGCCCUCCAUCGUGCCCCCUUGCUCCAGAAGUGCUCACCCCUGUGAAUCAUCCCACCAUCCCGGCAGCAACCAGUCUUGCCCCGCUCAGCCCUGUCCUUCCCAAAGACCCCCAUACACUACCACCGACAACUCUUUCUCCUGCAACAGUUUGCGAAGCAAGAGACAGUGCCACUUCCGUGCCAAAUUAUGCCCUGUCUCUUGUUCGCAAACUGUUUACGGAGGAGGAAAUGAAGGUGGGAAAUUGUAAGGGGGUCAAGGGAAAACACCCUCUGGAUCCACAAAGGUUGAAAUUUGUUAAACAGGAAGUGGCCAAACACCCUGAGGUCAUUGCGAUCAAGUUUAACACAUACUGGAAACGUGAUUGUAUACGAGCCAUAGAUGAGGGGUGUAGGAGAUUGAAUCGCAGUGUAAAAAGUGCAUCUAAUGUUUAGACACAUCAUUAAUUAUUCUCUCUGCACUUUGUACAAUCAGCAAAAUCAACAGGGGGGCAAAAUCUGCCCCCCCCCCGCUCUUUGAAGGUUAAACUAGAUGUAGAGCAAUUUUAAAUCUUUAAUUCUUUUUUUCCCAUUUUUAAAUUAAUUUCAAUUUUAAUUUUUUAAUUUAAAAAAACUAUAGUUCUAUUAAAUUUAAAGCUGGACAUUGGCACACCCUUUUUUCAUUAAGACAAACUUGACAGUUCAAUAAAUUAUUA